AUGGCCACCCUGACAGACACAGAGAUGGCGGAGAUUGCCAAACUUCAGGUAAAAUAAAAACACCAAAACGACAUUCAUUAAUGCAACUCCAGGUUUAGAGAAUACGACGAUAAACAAUACGUGAUUUGUGCGGAUUACUGGAGCGUCACUAAAACAAGUGUAGCCAACGCUAUCCAACGUGCAGGCUAUUCAUGAUGUAGUCUAUUGUAUGAUGUAACGUUAGCUAGCUAACUUCGUUACAACUUGACAUUAAGGGUAGGCUAGUCGGUAUGCAGGCGGUAAGCGCCGAUUGAUAGCCUGUCGAUAUAUUCACGUAUCUAGGCUACAGGACACGAGAUCUUCGAGGGGAGGGGAGAGGAUUGACAGGUGUGGAGGGAGGCUGAGAAAGGAUGGAUGGCCAGAUACAUUUUAGAGAUAUUUGCGAUGUACACACACACACGCAGUAAGUAGCCUCCUGUUAAAGCAACAAGUUCUCUAGCAGCCGAAUCGAACAUAUUUUAUAAGACUGGCGGGGUGGUUCUGAAAACAACACACACAUCGUAGCUAAUCCAGUGCGUUAGAAUUUCCGCCACAAAGUACCAGGAUAAUAUCCGCUGUCUAUUUUAUCUCUUUGUCUAUCUUACCUUCAGUAGAGAUGCCCGCUCCCUGCCCACACAACGACGCAUGCAGCAAGGGCUCGUGGUUCUGCGCGCGGUGUGUGCCUAAAACCAUGUUAUCAUAUUAUUAUUAUUAUUAUUAUUUUUGUAAAUCAUAAUAAUAAUAACAACAACAAUAUUUAUACAUACAUAUAAAUAUAGCUGCGAGCAGCAAUGAACAGGGUUCACAGGAUGACAAAAAAAAAUGAUACAAGAUCAGUUGGAUAACAAAGCAAGCUCCGUAUCAUGUAGACUAGGAACUUUCUUCCUUUAUGUGCAGUCAGUGAAAGCAUUAUCAUGUUUAUCAAUCAAUACCACAAGGAUGACGCAAGUGACGUUUAGUCUAGUGCUGUAGGUUGGUUAUCUUUGAAUGCAGCAUUUAACUGUUCUUAAAGUUAUUACUUAAUGUAUUGAGUUCAUAUACCAAUUCUGGGGUCAAUUUGACAAGUGGUUUAUGUUAAGAUUUGUUGAAUAUUUUCAGCGUUGGUGUAGGCUAAUGGUAUAUUGCAGUCAUCUUUGAAUUCUGGGACUUUGUCGAAAUCUGUUUGUGUAAAUAAUUAAAAUCUCACUUGGUACACUCCACAUUAGCGUUCCAAAAUAUUUCAAUACAGUCUCACAGCUGUAAUAGGUAAAAUAAUAUCCACUUUUCACUACAUUCACAUCACAUAAUAGGGCAACAAUAUGUGAUUAUACAGAUCUACUAAUCACCAUAUUUCACAUUGUUCGUCUGCAUAAUUUAAAUCUAACAGUCAUUUGCAUGAGAUAAAGUCCACUUGAUCAAUAGUUAUUGCUGUAGUUUCCUAUGGUGUCACUGGUCUGCUGCAGCCAUCUAAGUUUGCAGUGACUUUAUAUUCACACAGCUUCUAAUGAUAAGGUUUACAUUCCAAAUUUCAUGGCCCCGUGUCCAUUGGUUUUGUUCUAAUAGCCCUGGUAUGACAUGAUAGUGGUGUAAUGCAGCGAGUAAUCAUUCUCAAAUUCAUUAGAGGCUAAUUCAUUGAGUCUAUACAGUAUACCAAAUCUGGAGUCACUCUGACUCAUGGUUCACGAGGAGAAAAUGUGUAAAGUAUUUUUAGCAUUAGCAUAUGUGCUAACGUGCGUCUAUAGGUACAUGUUUGAAUGAGGCAACAAUUUUUUUCUCUCAAAACCAUUAAAGACUGAUGUAAUGAGUGUAAAUACAAAAUAUGGAGUGAAUUGGACAUAUGGUUCAUGAGGAGAAGAUGAUUGAUUUUGAGCAUUAGCGUUUCAUAUGCAAAGAAUGAGUUGUGAAUGGUUUCCUUUAAAAAAUAUAUAUAUAUUAAUACCAAAUUCAGUAUGGUUCAUCUUAGUGAUGACAAGUUUCAAGUUGAUAGGCCACUGUGGAGUGGAUUUACAGUGGUUUAAAUUGACACAUAACAUUAUGAUUUUUGAUUUGUCAAAAACUCAGCCAUCUUUUGAUCCAAUCCUUUAGCUUUUUCUCAAACUAUGUUAAGACAUGUACCAUGGGCCUACGUUGGUGUCAUUUGGUCCAAUGGUUCAUGAGAAUAAGAUUUUGGAAGUAUUUUUUUAGCGUAUUAGCGUAUACAUCUGGCGGCAGGUAGCUUAGUGGUUAAGAGCAUUGUGCCAGUAACCGAAAGGUCGCUGGUUCUAAUCCCCGAGCCGACUAGGUGAAAAAUCUGCCGAUGUGCCCUUGAGCAAGGCACUUAACCCUAAUUGCUCCUGUAAGUCGCUCUGGAUAAGAGCGUCUGCUAAAUGACUAAAAUGUAAUGUAAAUGUAUAGUGCGGCCAUGUUUGAAUGCAUCAACGUUCUAUUCUCAAACUCUUAUUGUGAGGAGUCCAAAUAUCGAAUUUGGUGUGAAUCUGACUUUUAUAGUCCAUGAGAAGAAAAUGAUUAUUUUAAGCAUUAGCGUUACAUAGUCAAAGAAGUUAAUUGUUAAUAGUUUACUUAUUUUUUUAAAGAUAUCAAUGCCAAAUUUAACAUGGUUCAUAUCAUGGUAAUGUAUUUGAUUAACCUAAAGUUUUCAAAUUGAUAGGCCAUUUGUGGAGAGGAUUUACAAAAAUAUUUAAAUGGACACGUAAAAUCUGAUUUCCUGAUUUAUCAAUAACUCAGCCAUCUCUUAACCAAUCCCUUAGCUUUUCUGCAAAUAAGUUGAGAGAUGUACCAUGGGCUUACAUACCGAAUUUGGUGUUACUUCUUAUGGUGCAUGAGAAGAGGUUUUUCAUCCUGAAGUUUCAAGUCUUUAGGUCAAAACGGGGUGACGGAUAUGAGGGUUUAAGUGAGAUUACGUAUAACAGUGCCACCUAUAGGCCAAUCGGUACCAUUCUUUUUGAUCAAGUUACUCAUGGCCUCCAGUUUCUGUUAGUUAGCAAUCUAUGCUUGAGUUCAUUCAGAGAAUAACAAUAGGUUUCAUAGAUUUGCUGUGAACCCCUAAUACUGUGCUUUAUUUGUCCAGCUCCAAAUGUGUGCUUCUUUUCUUGGGAAGACUCCUUUUUAUAGAAGCUAUAGACCUACAUAACUUUUGUAUAUGUGGGUGCUCUUUGAGACAAAAUAUGUUUCCUUAAUUGGCCAGAAAUAUUACCCAGAAAUGACAUUGUCAUUGGCCAGUCAGGGCACAACUCCCCACACCCAUCAACUAAAACAUAGCUGUAUUGCGGCUCAAUUGGUAGAGCAUGGCGCUUGUAACGCCAGGGUAGUGGGUUCGAUCCCCGGUACCACCCAUACGUAAAAGCGUCUGCUAAAUGGCAUAUUAUUAUUAUUAUUAUAUAGUUUGGUUUCCUGAGAUAAUAUUCUAUUAUAUGUUUAUGAAUCAUACAAGCCAAGAUGUGACGUAAACAAUUAUCCAACUAGUCCAUAGUAUAUCUUUAGUGUGUGUGAGUUUCUGUAAAAUGCAGACUUCAUAUAGAUGUGUUUCCAGAACUCUGUUCACUAUUCAUCUGUGUGUGUCAGAGAGAGGAGGAUGUGCGGCGGCUAAGCGGUCACUUCUCGUGGCCAGAGUUCUCUGGGGACGCGGCGCGGCAGAACGCCCAUCAGCAGUUUGUUUAUGACUGUGCCAUGUUCGCCGCCGACCGUGGCCUGGCUUGGAGUGCUGUGAGAGCAGUGGCCGGGAUGACUAGAGACCUGUUCCCUCAGCUAGCUGGUCAGUAGUUAUCUGUUAUCUUUAUUAUACAUAUAUAUUAAUAAUUAAUAUUGACUGUGCGGCUCCAUUUGUAUAAUAUAAAAUAAUGUAAUCAUUUAAUAUUGAGUGUGAAGCUCCAUUCAUCUCCCCCAGAUCUGGACCCGCCCAGAGUGCUAUCCCUAGUUUCAGAUUGGCUGACAGAGUGUUUGCCCCACCUACCUCCUGCCCACCACAACGCAGUCUUCCACUUCCUGUCUGACACUUGUGUCACUAGGUAAGUGUGUGUGCUUGUGUGUGUGUGCGUGUGUGUGUGUGUGUGUGCGUGUGUGUGUGUGUGUUGAUGUAAUGGUAAGUAACACAAGAGUUCUGUCCCUGUCUGACAUUUAGGCAACGGCUGCUACAAGCUGUGGUGGGCGGGGCCAGUCACCUGUCAAUCAACCAGAAACACCUGGAGGUGCAUGUGGCCCCUACACCCCUCCCCCUGGCACAGGUGAUAUAGAAAGUGUGUAUGUGUGUGUGCGUGUGUAUGUACGCGUUUCCAUUCUCUCUCAGGGCGAUGAUGUGUGUGUGUGCUUUCUCUCAGGGCGAUGAUGUGUGUGUGCUUUCUCUCAGGGCGAUGAUGUGUGUGUGCUUUCUCUCAGGGCGAUGAUGUGUGUGUGCUUUCUCUCAGGGCGAUGAUGAGUGUGUGCUUUCUCUCAGGGCGAUGAUGUGUGUGUGCUUUCUCUCAGGGCGAUGAUGUGUGUGUGCUUUCUCUCAGGGCGAUGAUGUGUGUGUGCUUUCUCUCAGGGCGAUGAUGAGUGUGUGUGGGAGCGCCAGCGUGUGUGUGCCCGGCUCCAGAUUGCCGAGCAACAGAAGAGGGAGGAACUCCGGAGGCUCAGAGAGGAGGAGGGGCCACAGGGGUCAGAGGUCAGACUGGACAGAGAGGUAGACACACCAUCACCACCCAGGGUUGGGGGUGUCUCCCGAGUGGCGCAGUGGUCUGAGGCACUGCAUCGCAGUGCUAGCUGUGCCACUAGAGAUCCUGGUUCGAAUCCAGGCUCUGUCGUAGCCGGCCGCGACCGGGAGACCCAUGGGGCGGCGCGCAAUUGGCCCAGCGUCGUCCAGGGUAGGGGAGGGAAUGGCCGGCAGGGAUGUAGCUCAGUUGGUAGAGCAUGGCGUUUGCAACACCAGGGUUGUGGGUUCGAUUCCCACAGGGGGUAUGAAAAAUAAUAAUGUAUGCACUAACUGUAAGUCGCUCUGGAUAAGAGCGUCUGCUAAAUGUAAAUGUGUAAAUUAUUUUUUAAUGCAGUCAAUUCAGAAAGUAAACUGAAAUUCCAAUUUUCCUCAAUGCCUCCUAUUAGAUAAAAUUGGAAUUAGAAAUUAGAGUUUCAGUUUACUUCCUGAAUUGACUGAAUUUAAAUUGAAUUGACCACCACCGCCACCUCCACUGUGUACUGUAAGUAUGUAGUUGUAUUGUUUCUCCAGGAGGUGGCAGACCUAGUGCGGUCUACUGUGAGGGCCAGAGGAGAGCUGCUGCUGGGGAGACUGCUGAAGGAGAGCAGCCUGGUGUAUGACCUGCUGGAGCUCAGCCUGCAACACACAGCCCUUACCACCGGGGGGAACCCUACACACACCUCACACGCACCCUGA